AUGUCAAAUUCCUUUGGAGGAUUAGCGGAAAUCACUGUUUACGGAUCGCGGUUUGAAAUGCCUGAGGACUCUUUAACCGUCAUGGAGCGAAACAGAGAUUCCGGGCAAGCUUGGGACGUGGCGGAGGCUAAAGCGAGCGGCAUGCCGGGCCUCUACCUGCCCUGCUUCGACAUGCUGGCCACAGAGGAUGCCGCUUGGCUGGUCAAGGUGUCUGAGGCCUCCCCGGACGCGAGAGGAGCUGGAGCAGGAGAGGAGCCGGAACAGUGCCCUGUCAUUGACAGCCAGGAGCAGGGGCUGUCACCUGGGAUGGAGGGUCCUGAGGAGGAGCGCUCUCUGGAGCAAGUGCAGAGCAUGGUGGUGGGCGAGGUGCUCAAGGAUAUCGAGACGGCCUGCAAGCUGCUCAACAUCACGCCAGACCCCAUGGAGUGGAACGUGGGCAACGUUCAGAAAUGGCUGCUGUGGACGGAGCACCUGUACCGGCUUCCUCACGCGGGGAGAACCUUCCAAGAGUUAACCGGGAAGGACUUGUGCGCCAUGAGCGAGGAGGACUUCCGCCAGCGCUCGCCACAGUGCGGGGACACACUCCACGCGCACUUGGACAUUUGGAAGUCAACUGCCUGGAUGAAAGAAAGGUGCACAGUUGGAGACAACAAAAGUCAAGGUACUGAGGAACUUUGGUCCGAGGCUGAUUCGUCUUGUUCUGGUCAACCCAUCCACUUGUGGCAAUUCCUGCGAGAACUUCUGCUGAAACCUCACAACUACGGACGCUGCAUUCGCUGGCUCAACAAAGACAAAGGAAUCUUUAAAAUCGAGGACUCAGCCCACGUGGCGCGGCUGUGGGGCCUGAGGAAGAACCGACCGGCCAUGAACUACGACAAGCUGAGCCGCUCAAUCCGCCAGUACUACAAGAAGGGCAUCAUUCGCAAACCGGAUAUUUCACAGAGGCUUGUCUACCAGUUUGUGCACCCUGUGUGA